AUGGCAUCGUCGUCGUCCAACGUUGUGGGUGUCCACUACAGGGUGGGAAAGAAAAUUGGUGAAGGAUCGUUCGGUGUAAUCUUUGAGGGCACGAACCUUUUGAAUAAUCAGCAAGUGGCCAUUAAAUUCGAACCACGGAAAAGCGAUGCACCGCAGCUCCGCGAUGAGUAUCGGACAUACAAGAUUCUGGUCGGAUGUCCGGGCAUUCCCAAUGUCUAUUACUUCGGUCAGGAGGGGUUACAUAACAUCUUGGUUAUCGACCUGCUCGGUCCAAGUCUGGAGGAUCUUUUCGAUCACUGUAAUCGUCGCUUUUCGACAAAGACAGUUGUGAUGGUGGCUAAGCAGAUGCUCUCUCGCGUCCAAACGAUCCACGAGAAAAAUCUGAUCUACCGUGACAUCAAGCCCGACAACUUCCUCAUCGGCCGCCCUAAUUCCAAGGCCGCCAACGUUAUCCAUGUCGUCGACUUUGGUAUGGCCAAGCAAUAUCGUGAUCCAAAGACCAAGCAGCAUAUCCCUUAUCGUGAGCGAAAGUCGCUGUCUGGUACAGCCCGCUACAUGAGUAUCAACACCCACCUGGGCCGGGAGCAGUCCCGGAGAGAUGACCUGGAAGCUUUGGGUCACGUUUUCAUGUACUUCUUGAGAGGAGGUCUCCCAUGGCAGGGACUGAAAGCCGCGACAAACAAGCAGAAGUACGAGAAGAUUGGCGAGAAGAAACAAACUACUGCGAUCAAGGACCUGUGCGAAGGAUUUCCUGAAGAGUUUACGAAGUACCUAACUUAUGUCCGCAACCUUGGGUUCGAAGAAACACCUGAUUACGAUUACUUAAGAGACUUGCUCACGCAAGCCCUGAAGAAUGCAGGAGAGGUCGAAGAUGGCGAGUAUGACUGGAUGAAGCUCAACAACGGAAGAGGAUGGGAGUACAAGUCGUACUCGUCCCAGCAGCAUCUCCACAACAAUGCACUUCCCAAUUCGUCUGCCCGUGAGCUUCAUGCUCAGCAGCUACGCAGCAGCCAGAGGCCCGGUGUGACAGCAGACCGUUUAAACGCCGCGCAGCCCCCGCCCCCUUCCCCGGCGAAGCCGGGAGCAGGGAAGACGCGCGAGCGGCAAAACGUCCAAGGCGGGAUGCCACCGAAGCGCCAGAGCGGGGGGAUGGACACCACACCGACGGUGUCCACUCAGGCACAGUUCCAGAACUCAAACGCAAACAUUCCGGGUCGUAUGGGAAGCCCAGCCAACCCGACGAAGAAUAGCCAGCAAGGCCCAGGCACUCAAGGGAACAGUGAGCCGCAGCCCACUUUUGUUCAGAAAGUGAUGAAGGCAUUAUGCUGCGGUAGGUGA